AUGUCGGUCCUACUCAAAAAACAGCUACCCUACUUAAUUAAUUCCUUUAACUAUCCAAUCACAAACAAUAUUAUAAUAUUUAAAUAUAAAUUUAAGCUUCUUCGAAAAUUUUUUACUGACACUGACGGCCAAUUAAUUUUUUGCAAAGAGGCACAAAAAAUAGCAGAAUUUAUUUCUCAUUUAAUUUUGGCAAGUGGAGAGGAUAGACGAUUUGAAUAUUUUAAUAAUAUUGAACAAAUUGAGAGUUUAAUAAGUGAUAUACCUAAUUCUUUAUAUUUGAAAAAGAUCGAGGAGAGGAUAGAAAAUGAAAAUGACGAUGAUAUUUCGUAUAAAUUGGAUAUUCUACCAUCACAAAGACAUCACUUAUCUGCAACCUUAUUGGGGGAAAACGAAGAAAGGAAGCAAAAAACAGAAAGGGCUUUCAGUUUAGGAAUUUUCGAAUCUUCACAAGAUGAUCAUCUUUAUUGGAUAUCUUUACUUCCAAAUAAGGAUACCCAAAAGAAUCGACUUCGUUUAAUUAAAAGUAUUUUCUCAGAAAAAUGGCAGAAUGCCAACAAUUCGCGUUUCCGUCCAUUUUCUAUUUUAAAAGCUUAUGCAACGAAGUUUUGGACAAAAGAAAGUUUUAAUGGAAGGACUGGACAAAUUAAUAGAAGACCUCCUCCACACAAUGAAUGGCUUCCAUUAAUUUCUGAUUAUGCAUUGGCCUUAAAUUUAGCUCAAAAUAAAACACAAAUCCGCAAAAAAAUGUUUGGGCUUCGAAUGUUUUCAAAUACUCCAUUUCCAACACCUCCUGCCGACUGGUUAUUGUCCGCUGUUUUUCUUUCUUCUGGUCUGUGUUCGGAUUCUACAAUUGAUUUACUUGAAAGAUUUAUACUCAACCGUGAGUGA